GACUCCAUCGCCCUCGAUUCCGACGUCGACGCCGACGCCACCUCCUCCCCUGAACCCGACUCUGACGCCGACGCCCCUCUGCCUCCCUCUCACGACCUCUAGUCCGCUCUCUCUCUUUCGUCCUCGAAGUCGCACCUCUCUUCCAGCGAAACGCGACGCUGACGUCCGCUCUGCACAACUUGAAUUUCGAAAGGAAAGAAAUGGAGAGUGACAGAGGAAGGAACGGGUUCUCUUUCCUCCGGAGAGGGCGUUGGCAGGCUAAGAAGAGGAGAGAGAAUGGGAAAAAGGCAGAAGACACCAAAUGGGCCCACCCCUUCACAUGGCAUCUCGUGAGUGGCCGGGACCACGCUGACGUGGAGCUCCCGGAUCACCCAAUAUUUUCUCCUUGAACACCACCAACCGUGGCCGCUUCAACCUCUUCGAGCUCGACAACCGUGAAGGGUCUAUCUAUCGCCACCGGAUUUGAUCGAGCCGGACCCGGUGCCAUGAUCUGGUCUGUCUCGAAGUAACUGUAGUCCCAGCAUGUGUUGGCUCGACCGUUGUUUAUGUAUUGCUGCUCUCUCUAUCUCUCUCUCUCUCUCUCUCGCAAUGGUGGAGAGGCGAGGACCGGCCCGCCAACGAAUUUUAUGAUCCGGAGGUACGAAGAGUCAAGCUGACUAGACUUGGCAACUACCAGUCUUUAACUACCAGUCUCCACUCUGCACGAAGCCCGAGUCGGUUUUGGUCGUCGUUUUGCUGUUUUUCUGCUCUCUACUCCCCGUUCUCCAUUGAACACCUUCUUGGAGCUUCUUGCGAGGGACAAACCCCCACUACUGAGGACCUUGGAGAGAGUGAGAGGGAGAGAGUAGAGAGAGGCGCGAGUAAUAAUGUCUCCGAGUCCAUCCAGUGCGACACGCAAGAACCAGCACAAGAAAGGCUUGAGCCCCGAGAAAGCCAGGAGCAAGACAGAGGAGGAGCUGGUGCGAAUCAGGGAGGAAAAGAAAUCAGAAAUUCUCAAGAAGAAACGUCUUCUACCCGAGUUGGAACAUCUGUUAUCGGAUGAUUCUUCCCGGUAUUUAGCAGCAACCACGGUGAUCAGGAAGUUCUUAUCGACUGGUGAGAGCCCUGUGAUCAAUGCGGUUGUCAGAGCAGGAGUCAUCCCUCGACUCGUGAAGUUCCUUGAUGAGGGCGCUUUUCCUCUACUACAAUCUGAGGCUGCAUGGGCAUUGGCCAAUAUAGCUUCUGGGACAUCAGAUCACGUACAACUCAUCAUCCAACUCGGAUCUAUCCCUAAAUUCGUGCAACUUCUUCACUCUACAUUUGCUUAUGCUCGAGAACAGGCUAUCUGGGCUCUGGCAAAUAUUGCCGCUGACUCGCAAGAUUGCAGGGAUCUUGUAUUAAGUGCAGGCGCUCUAGAUCUACUAUUGGCUCAAUUGGAUAAACAUCCAGGAUCGACCAUGAUGAGGAGCAUUGCUCGGACUUUACUCAACUUAUGUGAUGGCAAGCAUCCUCCUCCAUUUAAACAGGUUAAGCCGGCCUUGCCUGCCCUCAGGCACCUCAUUAAUUCAAAAGAGGAAGCAGUAUUGAUUGACACGUGCAGGGCUCUGUCUUUGAUUUGUGAUGGCUCAAUUCCUACUAUCCAGUCUGUGCUGGACGCAGGAUUUUGUCCUCGGCUUCUAGAACUUCUCAUGCAUCCAUCACCUGCAGUCCUGGUACCGACUCUCCAGACUUUAGGGAACAUUUUGUCAGGCGACAUGGCUCAGACUCAGGUUAAGCCGGCCUACGAAGCAGUAUUGAUUGACACGUGCAGGGCUCUGUCUUUGAUUUGUGAUGGCUCAAUUCCUACUAUCCAGUCUGUGCUUGACGCAGGAUUUUGUCCUCGGCUUCUAGAACUUCUCAUGCAUCCAUCACCUGAAGUCCAGGUGCCAACUCUUAAGACUGUGGGGAACAUUGUGGCGGGCACCGAGGCUCAGACUCAGUUUGUAAUUGACAAUCAAGGACUGCCUCCUUUAUGUCAAAUUCUGACUGGAAAUUGGGAUAAGAGUAUCAAGGAAGAAGCUUGUUGGGUAAUUGCAAAUAUUACAGCGGGUAACAUAAAUCAAAUUCAGGCUGUAAUUGAAGCAAACAUUAUUCCUCCUCUCGUGAGCCUUCUUCAACAUGAUGAAUUCAAAAUUAAGAAAGAGGCUGCAUGGGCUAUUUCGUAUGCUGUCUCUGGCGGGUCCCAUGAACAAAUUCAAUACUUGGUGAGCCAGGGUUGUAUCAAGCCGCUCUGCGAUCUCCUUACUUGCUCCAACCCUCAGAUCAUAACACUGUGCCUAGAUAGUGUGGAAAGCAUUCUGGAGAGCGGUGAAGGGAACAAAGAAUAUUUGCGCAUGAUUAAUGGAUGUAAGGGGUUCAACAAAAUCACGGACCUCCAGACUCACAUGAACAGUGAGGUUAACAAACAAGCCUCGGAGAUUUUGAAAAAGUAUUGGAACAAGAAGGGAAAUGAAGAAGAAGAAGAAGAAGAAUUACCUAGCUUGAUUCUGGAUGACAUUAAAUUAGAUAUCGGAAGACUCAGUCUCUCCUGAUCGGCACUUCCGUUGUGAAAAGAUUUUUGUUGUUUGGCCAUGAAGAGACGCACGAGAUGCAUCUAGUCGCAAGGUGAUGCCAUGCCGAUCUGUUGUUCGCUGUUUCUAGCUAUUGCAGAGGAUAAAUGUGGCAGCACAUUAGUAUCAUAUGCUACUUCUAUGCUGGCAUGUCUCACUUGUGUUUACUCAUUUUUUUCCCUUGAGGCCCGUUUGGUUCAAUUUUGGGGAAAUGGCUUUGCAUUUCCCCAAGUAAUUUUGAAUGAAUGGACAUUUUGUGAAUGCAAGUGUGUUUGGAAACUCA